GUGGCGUAGGCCGCAAACACUCUAUAGAGUUUUUUGCCCCUCGAGGGAAGCCACGUUGGGAUGAGCUCUGCUGGAGACGAGGAGCGCACUGCUGCGAGCGGAGAACAGAUCCGCCCGCCGGUGCAGGAGGGCCGCGAUGCGGAGCUUGCAAGUUUGCAACUGCAGAUUUCGCAAGUGGCGGCCCUGGUGGAGGAGUCAGUGAAAAGAAGGAGCCUGGCAGCGUCGUGGCGGAUGCAGCCAGUAGGGGUGGCUGGGUUGCUGCCCCCAGAGGCCAACGAGAAGAGCCCACGCUGCCGCUCGGCGGUGGCGGGGGAUUUCUCCAGCAGCAAACGAGAGAUAGUGGGCAAGGACCACGGUCGCUGCUGGAAGGCGGCUGGGCCAGCAGAUCGGGAGCGAACCCUGUUGGACCAGCCGGAGUGGGCCCGGGCAUAGGACCGGACUACGGGGAAGCGAGGGGGUUGAACCGCCCAGGUGAGAUACCCGUGAUUCGAGGAAAUGGAGAAUACCUCGACGGCGACAGCAGUAGCCACCAGAAAAGAGUGACGGUCAAUGCCCAGCUUCUAGACCAAAAAAGCCGCAGCCACGGAUUUGAUUCGUGGCGAAAAUCAUUCAUCCAAGCUGCGAAGACCAUCGACUUGGACGGGCAGUUUAUAGGAGAUGCAGAGAGCAAUGUCCCCGUGGGCGACCCAACUUGCCGACUUCCGAACUGCUCGUUAGGGGGCACACGAGAGCAGAAGUCCAACGAGGGCUUCAGGCGUUCCAUUUUAUCACUACAGCUGUGGUAAAAGAAGCUGACAAAGCAAUCAUCAGUAACUGUACGUCAGCAAAAGGGGUCCUCGCGGAAUUGCAAAAGGUCUGCGAUCCAGAGUGACAGGGGUCCAAACAGGCCUUGAUACGGAAAAUGUUACAAUCCCCACACACAUCAACAGCAACCCCAUCGAGCACCUCUACGCCCUCGAGCUGCUGUAUGCCCGCCUGCGCGAAAAGGGCUCAAUGCUGAACAACCCUUCGUUCUCGCCCACUUCGUUGGUUCCCUCCCACCCGAGUACCAACAAGCGAAGUUCCUGUUGGAGACAGCAACGACGCUGGAUAGGGCCGAGAUCGUCAGGAUCAUGAGCACGGUGCACGCGAGCCUCCCGGAGGGAAGGAAGGCCUCGAAGGGCCAGCGUAGGGCGGAGCA